AUGGAUAACAAAGAGAAAGAAGUUUUAGAGAUAAACUCUCAGGAUUCUAUCGAUAAGCAGUUAGAUUUGCAGGCAGAUAUCGGGUUCGAUGAAGAUGUCGAUCAAUUCAUUAAUCCUGAUCAAGUUUGGUGGAAGGAGAAACAUUUGUUGAUGUUGAAUUUAGGAAUCUUAUUAGUUACUUUAAGUAGUAGUAAUAAUGGAUAUGAUGGUUCUAUUUUGAAUGGUUUACAAAGUUUGGAUAUUUGGAAACAGGAUUUAGGUGAAGCUAAUACCAGGGGUCAAAUGUUAGGAGCUUUGAGUAAUGCCAUGAUUUUCGGGAGUAUAUUAGGUACUCCGUUGGCUCCUUACAUUAGUGAUAGAUAUGGAAGAAAAAUGGGGAUUGUUGUUGGUCAAAGUAUCGGUCUCGUCGGUGCUAUCUUACAAGGUACUGCAAAGAAUUAUGCAUGGUUCUUAGGUGCAAGAUUAGUUAUCGGAUUUGGUGCUAUUAUCGCAUUUAUUAGUUCUCCAUCUUUAGUGGCUGAAAUUGCUUUCCCAACCCAUAGAUCAAGAGCCACUGGUUUCUAUAAUACCUGUUGGUACUUAGGUGCUGUUAUUGCUGCUUGGAUUACUUAUGGAACUAGGAAUAUCAAUAAUUCAUACUGUUGGAGGAUUCCUUCUUAUUUGCAAGGUUUAAUGAAUGUUAUUCAAUUGGGAUUCAUUUGGUUAAUCCCCGAAAGUCCAAGAUUCUACGUUUCUCGUGGUAAGAUUGAUAAAGCUAGAGACUUUUUAAAUAAGUAUCAUGUUGGUAAUAAAACUGAUGAAAGAAGUUUAGGUUUAGUUGAUUUUGAAUUAAAACAAAUUGAAGUAGCUAUUGAAAUGGAAAGACUUGCUAGUAACUCAAGUUAUUGGGAUUUCAUCAAAAUUAAAUCCUUCCAUAGAAGAUUAUUCCUUAUCUGUUAUAUUCCAUGUCUUAUGCAAUUAUCUGGUAAUGGUUUAGUUUCAUAUUAUCUUAACUUGGUCCUUAAUUCAAUUGGUAUUACUGAUUCUUCAGAACAAUUAAUGAUCAAUGCUUGUCUUAUGAUCUAUAAUAUGGUGGUAUCAAUGGCACUUUCAAUGUUAUUUGGAUAUUUCAAAAGAAAAACUUUGUUCUUAGCAUCUUCUUCAUUAAUGUGUUUAUUCUAUGUUUUAUGGACAGCUUUGAGUGCAAUCAACGAACAGAAAGGAUUUCCAGGGUCAUAUGGUAAAGCUGUUUUGGCUAUGAUCUUCUUGUAUUAUUUCUCUUAUGAUAUUGGUAUGAAUGGUUUACCAAUCUUGUAUGCUACAGAAAUCUUACCUUUCAGUCAUAGAGCCAAAGGAUUAAAUAUCUUCCAAAUUGUUGAAAAAGUUGUUUUGAUUUACAAUGGUUAUGUCAACCCAAUUGCUAUGGAAGCCAUUGGAUGGAAAUAUUAUAUUGUGUACUGUGUUUUCCUUUUCACUGAAGUCUUCGUCAUUUACUUUUUCUUCGUGGAGACUUCUUCUUACACUUUAGAAGAAGUCUCAAAAGUUUUUGGUGACGAUCCAAGAGAUCUCAUGAUGAACUUAUCAGAACCAGUAGAAAAGCCUAAUGUUGAACAUAAGGAAUCUGUGUAG